GUGUGGUUUUCCAAUCGACGAGCCAAGUGGAGAAGAGAGGAAAAGUUGCGCAACCAGCGGCGGUCAGGGGGCGGGACUUCCUCUUCGUCGCAGACACAGACCCCUUUGAGCACUUCCUUCAACCCCAGCGUCUACCACUCUCACCAUGGCAACACCUCAGGAUCCAUGCACAGCAGUCGUAGUGAAACCGCACUCUCUGCCUACGGCUCUCUUUCUGUAUUCUCCAAUAUGCAGCCUCUCUCCCCCCAGUCCUCGUCCGCCUCCUACUCCUGCAUGCUGCCCCCCUCGCCGGCCGCCCCCGCCCCCCUGCCCCGCAAGUUCGACCCCUCUCCGUACCAGUCGCCACACCUGCACGGCCCGCACUCCAGCAUAGGCACAGGUUAUCUGUCCUCCAGUUCGUCGGUAGGGGGGCAGGUACCAGGCAGUGAGCCGGACUUGGGACAAUACUGGACAAGACUGCAGUAAAAAUGUCUUUAUCCCCGUGGUCACAUAUCUGUACAUAUGUUUGGACUCCCCCCCCCCUCCCCCCACUCACCUCACCUCAGUUCACUGAACCCGCCUACCGGACAACAACUCAAUUGGGGGGGAUUUCUGUGGAAAACUGGCAACCCGUGCAUUCCAAGGAAGGGGCAGGUGGCCAACCACUGAUGACAGAAAGAUUAUCAUGAAGGUAUUGGUGCCAAUAAAGCUCAAUACAGACGUACCAAUGGGCCCCGUUUCACAGAGGACAAACAGGUGUUGGUCCAUCAUGUGUCUACUCCUUUUGUGUACCAGGGCUAGAGUGUCCUAUGACGACACCACUGUGAAAAAGCCCUGUGCGACUCUCAUCAUAGCAUAACGGAGAAUGGCACAGCGGAACAGAAAACAUAAGAGUCAUUUUCUUUAUCAACCGACCAUGAUGACUUGAUAAGAGGGAUAGAUCAAUAUGAAUCUAGUCUGGAAAACAAGUUGAAGGUUUGUGAGAUGUUUAAAUGUUUGCCAUAGCUUUCACUAUGGCUAUAUAAUGAAAAUAUAGUCAAUCAAAACAGUAUUAGCAAUCACAACAAAGCCAUGAAUAAAAAGGAAAAGCAAAUGACAAUCAACAUUGGCCAAAAAGUACAUUACCAAAGAUUAUUUGGUGUUGAUGUGAAAGCGCCAAAACUAUCAGAGAUGAGAGCCAUUAUAUAUAUUAACAAAAGUGUCCUCAUGUGAUGACAUGACACACAUGAGCCAUGUGCUCACUGCGUUUACAGAAGUAAGUUCAAACAGUUGUUCUGACCUCUAUCGCUGUGCAUUUUGUAUUUUGGUGAGCACAGCCCAACACUAGAACACUUUCCUCCAGUCCAGUAAAACAAAAGACUAUCUUUUGCACCAACAACAACUUCCCAACGUCACUACGUUGUGCAUGGAACGCAUUAUACUAAGACAUGGGGCGCUCACGCAGCACAAAACUAGCAUUGACUGGAAACAGUGCUCGAGACCAUCACUAUCAAACUCUAUCAAACGCUGAGACAACCAGGACCAGAGAAAAGACAAUCAGAUACGGGAGACUAGUGAUGGAUUAGCAUUAGCCAUAUUGUGAUGACUUAUUUUGUUAGGUCUGUGUCACUGUUCCCCCCCCUUCGGACCCCCAUGGUUCCAUAUCACCAGGUGAAUUAGCACUGUGUUCUAUGAUAUCGGUACGAAUGUUUCUGGGCGACUCCAUCGUGUGUGUGUGUGUGUGUGUGUGUGUGUGUGUGCGUGUGCGUGUGUGUGUGCGUUUGUGUUGUUAGAACCAAUAUUUUUGUGUAUUUUCCUUUUGUGAAACUAUAAACCGAAAUAAUAAAAGAAAAUACAUUUGAA